AUGGAUCUCCAAGAGUGCUUUACAAAACUGCUCACAGCUACAGAUGUCGCUCGCAACCUGGAAAUACCCAACCGGGCACGUUUUUUGCCGAUUGGAAAUGCGGUCAUGCGUGUAAUUGACCAAGAAGGAAACAUAUAUGAAUUCAUAGCAUCAGAAAGGGCAGAUGGGAGACGUUCUCUAACGCGCCAAUGGCGUGCCUUUGCAGUGGCAAAUAAUCUUCGAGCCGGGGAGUUUCUAAGGAUUUAUCGCUCAGGAAAUGGGAAUCAUUAUGUGGUGCACGCGGGCGUGGAACUCCAUGGACACAUAAUCUGGGAAAGAUUAUAA